GACUCGUAUAAUUGUCGAAGCAACAUCGAGAGUAGGGAGUGUAAUGAUUAGUUGAUUUAUAUAUACGACUAUACUUUUAUAUGCGACAGUUCUCUGCUCUGUGAGCAUCCGUCAGAGUGCUAAGUAAUACAUUAGAUAAGUAGAUUCGACUUCACUGUGUCAGAGAUGACGAGCCUAUGGUGGAUUUUGCUUCUUUUCGGAUCGCAAAUGAACCUGGCGUGGAGUCUGGAGGACGCGCCGAGAGUUAAAACACCUUUGGGUGGUAUUAAAGGAUACUAUAAGCUCUCUGCUAAUGGAAAAGAGUAUGAAGCCUAUGAAGGGAUCCCUUACGCGUUGCCUCCAACUGGAAAGCUUCGAUUCAAGCCUCCUCAUCGAAUACUACCCUGGCUGGGCGAACUGUCUGCGACGAAGUUCGGCCCUCCUUGCUUACAAUACACCCAACUAGACGAGACUCUAUCGAAUGAAAAAGUUAUUGGCGCUGAGGAUUGUCUCUACUUAAACGUUUACGCGCCAGUGCGAGAAGAAAUAUCCACCAAACCGAUGCCAGUAAUUAUUUGGAUUCACGGGGGUGGCUUCCAGUUUGGUAGCGGAAUAGAUACGGGUGGGAAAUAUCUUAUGGACCAUGAUGUCAUAUUUGUUACAAUCAAUUAUCGUCUGGGAAUAUUAGGUUUCUUAAGUACAGAGAAUGAAAUAGUUCCUGGUAACAUGGGACUGAAGGAUCAAAGUAUGGCCCUACGAUGGGUGUCUGAGAAUAUCGAAUGGUUCGGCGGUGAUCCAAAAAGAGUCACUUUGGUCGGAUUAAGUGCCGGUGGCGCGAGUGUCCAUUAUCACUACUUAUCGCCCAUGAGCGCUGGACUUUUCCAAGGUGGUAUCUCGAUCAGUGGAACAGCUUUUGAUUGUUGGACGCAGACUGAAAAUAUGCUGGAGAAGUCCAAACAUGUAGCAACACUUAUGGGAUGCCCUACAGGUAACUUGAAAGAAAUGGUACGUUGUCUGAGAUAUCGUCCACCGCGGGCUAUGGUUCAAUCUGCUCAUGAAUUUUUGCAAUUCUAUUAUAAUCCAUUCACACCAUUUGGACCAAUUCCUGAGAAAUUUGGGGACGAACCAUUCAUUGAUAGGCUACCUGUUGAAAUCGUGAGUAGCGGCGAUGUUCAUGAUAUUCCUUGGAUAACUGGUGUGACUAGCGAAGAAGGACUGUACCCAGUUGCAGAAUUUAUUGCUAUACCAGAAGCUUUGAAAACAUUGGAAGAUAAUUGGGAUCUUCUUGCACCUCAUUUUCUUGAUUAUAAUUACACUUUACCUAAAGAGGAACAUGUUGAAAUUGCCAGACUUAUAAAAAAUCAUUACUUCGGAUCAAAGAAGAUUGAUGAAACAACAACAAAAUCUUUGAUACAAAUGGCUAGCGAUCGAUUUUUUGUUGUUGAUAGUGUAAAGGCUGCCAGAAUGCAAGCUAGUGUUAAUAAGCAACCUGUCUGGUAUUAUUAUUAUACCUACAGAGGUGCACAGAGUUUGAGUGAUGUCUUGAGUAAAACUACUAAUGAUUAUGGUGUGAGCCAUGGAGACGAUGCAUUUGCUGUUAUAGAUACUCAUUAUGUGGAUUUCACAACAACACUUGAAGAUCGUAAAAUGCAACAAGUUUUGAUCGAAUUAUGGAGAUCAUUUGCAACUAAUGGAGUCCCAAAUGUAAGUGGUGUUCAGUGGCCUAAAUUAAAUCCAAAUGAAAAGGUACUUCAUUACUUGAAUAUAGCAGGACCAGACAAAAUUUAUAUGGACAGUAAUGCAAACUUUGGUCAGAAAGAUUUUUGGUCUUCUAUCAAUUUUAAUGAAAACAAAUUCAACAGUACAUCUGCUGGACAUAUGAUGAAAGAAGAAUUAUAAAAAUAUCUUUUAUCGAUUAGCAUUAUGUAUGUUAUACAAUUAUAUAAUUUUAUAUUGUCAUAAAAUCAUACACAUUAAGCCUUCAUUACUUUAAAAGAUUCCUCUUUAUAAAAUUUAUAAGCA